CCCUCCCCCCUACCUACCCCUCCCUCCCUCUGUCCCUUCCCUCCCUCCCUCCCCUCGGCUGGGUCUGCGCGCUAGGGUGCCAGGUCCCCUCCGCAGCCGGGACGCGCGGAACUCUCGGCAGGAGUCGGCUCUCCGGAGCCUGGUCCCUCCCUUCCCUUUCCCUGCCCCUUCCCCCACCCCAACUCGGGCUGGAGCGGCGGCCUGAGGAGCCCGGAGCCCCAUCCCAGGCCCCUGAGCUGGAAUGAUGGAAAACUCCUCGGCAGCGUCAGCCUCCUCUGAGGCUGGGAGCAAUCGCUCCCAAGAAAUCGAGGAGCUAGAGCGCUUCAUCGACAGCUAUGUGCUGGAGUACCAGGUGCAGGGGCUGCUGUCCGACAAGACGGAGGGUGACGGCGAGAGCGAGAAGACGCAGUCCCACAUCUCCCAGGAGGAAGCCCUCAAUGGUGGACCACCCAUGAAAGGCUUAACAGAAGAAUGGACGGCAGACUGCAGCGAGCGGCUGAACAGCAGCUGUUCCUUCUCCCGAGGGCGAGCCCCCCCACAACAGAAUGGCAGCAAAGACAACUCUCUGGACAUGCUGGGCACAGACAUCUGGGCAGCCAACACCUUUGAUUCCUUCAGUGGUGCCACCUGGGACCUGCAGCCCGAAAAGCUAGACUUCACCCAGUUCCACCGGAAACUGCGACACACGCCCAGGCAGCCUCUGCCACACAUCGACCGAGACGGGUGUGGCAAAGGGAAGCUGGAAGAUGGGGAAGGGAUCAACCUGAAUGACAUCGAGAAGGUCCUCCCGGCCUGGCAGGGUUACCACCCGAUGCCACACGAGGCGGAGAUUGCGCACACGAAGAAGUUAUUCCGAAGGAGGAGAAACGACCGAAGACGGCAGCAGAGACCUCCAGGAGGGAACAAGCCCCAACAGCACGGUGACCACCAGCCAGGCAGUGCCAAACACAACAGGGACCACCAGAAAUCCUACCAGGGGGGCUCGGCACCCCACCCCUCGGGGAGGCCCACCCACCAUGGCUACAGCCAGAACCGGCGCUGGCACCACAGUAACAUGAAGCACCCGCCUGGUGACAAAGGGGAGGCAGGCGCCCACCGCAAUGCCAAAGAGACUGUGACCUUCGAGGGCUCAAAACUUGAGGACGCCCCAGGGGACACAGGGCAUGGUGCCCUCGAGACCCCCCGCAGCCCUGAGGCCCUGGCCCUGGUGGCUCCCGAGCGGCUGCCCCCACAGCAGCCAGGGGGGCCAGAGGCCGAGACAAAGCGUAAAGACAGUGUUAUUCCCGAGCGCAUCGGGGAGCGGCCCAAAAUCACCCUGCUCCAGUCUUCCAAAGAUAGGCUGCGGCGAAGGCUAAAGGAAAAGGUACCGGAUGAAGUGACCGUGGAGACAACCAGCCCUCAGCAGAACAAGAUGGACAAGUUGAUUGAGAUCCUGAACAGCAUGAGGAACAAUAGUAGUGACGUGGACGCCAAACUCACCACCUUCAUGGAAGAGGCCCAGAACUCCACCAACUCCGAGGAGAUGCUGGGGGAGAUCGUGCGGACCAUCUACCAGAAGGCCGUGUCGGACCGCAGCUUCGCCUUCACUGCUGCCAAGCUCUGUGACAAGAUGGCACUCUUCAUGGUGGAGGGGACCAAGUUCCGGAGCCUGCUCCUCAACAUGCUUCAGAAGGACUUCACCGUGCGAGAGGAGCUGCAGCAGCAGGACGUGGAGCGCUGGCUGGGCUUCAUCACGUUCCUGUGCGAGGUGUUCGGCACCAUGCGCAGCAGCACCGGCGAGCCCUUCCGCGUGCUCGUGUGCCCCAUCUACACCUGUCUCAGGGAGCUCUUGCAAUCUCAGGAUGUGAAGGAAGAUGCUGUCCUUUGCUGCUCGAUGGAGCUGCAAAGCACAGGCCGGCUACUAGAGGAACAGCUGCCCGAGAUGAUGAUGGAGCUCCUGGCCAGCGCCCGUGACAAGAUGCUAUGCCCCUCGGAGUCGAUGUUGACCCGGUCGCUGCUCCUGGAAGUCAUCGAACUCCAUGCCAACAGCUGGAACCCCUUGACGCCCCCCAUCACACAGUACUACAACAGAACCAUCCAGAAACUGACAGCCUGACAGCCAGGAGGACUGGGAGGCGGCCCUUGGGCAGCUGGGGCCCUGGUACACAGGGCCAGAUGGACAGGCAGGAGGACAGGGGUGGCCCUGGCCGGAGAAGGUGGUGGGGAGGAAGGCAGGCAGAGCCGGAGGCCAGGCUGGAGCCAGGC